UCCUUUUUAUUCCAAGAUUCGCUCUUUCUUUGUUGCCAUAUUAUAAUUGGAGGACCCAAAUACUUAAUGAAACAAAAGAAAUACGUAGUCUACAGAAAGGCUAAGGAACCUUCUUUUCUGCAUCAACAAAACCUCCUCCUUUUCUUGUUUUAACCAGAACCCUGAUCAUAUCCUGAACCAACCUCUCUUCUCUAGUUAGUACUAAUCAAUAUUCAAAGCUUUCUCAAUAGUCUCUUGACAAACUUUUCAUCCUUUUUUGUUUCUUGUAAAAGCUGUAUUUGAGCUGCUAAUCUUAUUCAAAGUCCAUGUCUAUACCAACAGAACAUGAUUACAUAGGUUUAUCUUCUUCUUCUUCUUCUUCUUCAUCUACUGAUUGUGAGGAGCUUGAGAAAAGCAAUGUUCUUAAGCUCAAGGAAACUGAGCUAAGACUUGGGUUGCCAGGUUCUUGGUCUCCAGAGAGGAAGGCUGAAAAUGGGGUGUCUCUUUUUGGUAAAGAUUUGGAGGAUAAGAAUACUAUUGUUGCCCCUUUGAAGAUUUUUGUUUCAGGAGCUAAGAGGGGAUUUUCUGAUACCAUUGAUUCCUCUAGGAAAGAUAAGGCUGUUGGUCCUCAACCUACAAAGUCUUUUGAAGAAAAAAAGUCUACUCCAGCACAUGGAAAUGGUGUUUCUCAUGCUUCAAAGGCACAAGUUGUGGGAUGGCCACCAAUUAGAUCAUUCCGCAAGAACACCCUUGCCACCAAUUCAUCGAAGAAUAACGAGACUGAAGGAAAAUCAGGAGCAGGCAGUCUUUAUGUUAAAGUUAGCAUGGAUGGCGCUCCAUACCUGAGAAAAGUCGACCUCAAAACCUACACCAACUAUGCAGAACUCUCAUCAGCUCUUGAGAAGAUGUUCAGCUGCUUCACCAUUGGGCAGUGCACCUCUGAUGCUGGACGAGAGGGGCUUAGUGAAAGUCACUUGAUGGAUCUUCUUAAUGGUUCUGAAUAUGUGCUGACUUAUGAAGACAAGGAUAGUGAUUGGAUGCUUGUAGGCGAUGUUCCUUGGGAGAUGUUCAUAGACUCAUGCAAGAGACUGCGGAUUAUGAAAAGCUCAGAGGCAAUUGGACUAGCUCCAAAGGCCUUAAGCAAGUGCAAGAACCAAAUUGUUGCCUAAAGUUGCUAUGAAGGCAGAAAGAUUCAUAAAAUGGGAAAUGCUUUUGUGUAAAAAUUAUCCUUUUAUUGGUUCCACUUCUGUAGGCAUUCCAUGAAGGGGAGGAACUAACUUGCCAGAAGAUACGAUCAGCUAUAUCUAGAUUUUUGUAGGCUGAAAACAUCUCUGCUGAAAUUUUUAGUUCUUGCUAGUUCUUUUAGUACUUUUCUAUUUUAAUUAUGUCUUAUAUAAUAUUGGAUUGAUAUGAGUUUAAAUGGAGCGAAAUAGGCGGUGCA